UCUGGCAACAUUGCAUGCGAUCACAAUCACAUAUUGACUGACACUGACAGGCCAUAUUAUAAAAUAAAUCUCUGGUUAUCAGAAAUUCCAAUUUCAGUCAGUUUCAGUACAUAUCAAACCACCCGCGCUUCCGGUGCCAGGUAGAUCUCUGGCAUUGUUGUGUAAAACUGCGUCGAGAUGACGCCUGUCGUAGGUGAACACCGCUGAGAAUAGAUUCGUAAAUCCAAUGUAAGACGUGAUGGAACCUUUCUCGUCCGUAAGUCCACAACUGUUUAAGUCCGAGCGAGUUGGCUUUGGUCAGCCAAAUGGAUAUGUCCUAAGUUUCUUGCGCGAAGACGUCGCACAGGUAUCGGGAACAAUAUCGGAGUUUUUGGGUUGCCGAUGGGCGAUAGUGCAACAACAAUAAUACUAAAUAUUGUUUUUUUUUAUUCCGUGGUGCCCCGUAUACUUCCUAAUAAAAUUGAACUCGACGUUACGACGUGUUUGUGUUGUUUCUGAACCUUGAUGAUGUGAUCUCGCCAACCAGUUUCGCAAGUGUCUUGAAUAUGUGAUAGGUUUCCGUUUGUCGAUUGCAAAAAUGGGUUUCUCGGCGAACCUGCAGGGCAAAGUCGCACACGAAGCUCUUCUGUCUAGACAAGAUGCGGAGUUGCGGCUGUUGGAUUCAAUGAAAAGAUGUAUUGUUUCGAAAGUGAGAAGUGAUAGGGAUUAUGCAGUGGCUCUAAGUGCGGUCGCCUCACAAGGGAUGAAGGUUGACAAGAGUGAUGAACUAUCAGGUAGCCUAAUCGCUUCGGCUUGGAAGAACAUGAUGGAGGAGUUGGAUAACACCGCCAAAUUGAUCCGUCAGAAUGCCGAUUCUAUCGAGAGCAAGUCCUUGGAUGCCCUGAACGCGCUCUACGCUGAGAAGAGGAAAGCCAGGAAGUUGUAUCAGGAGGAGCAUACGAGAAUACUGCAGCAAUUCACGCAGUUAUCGGAUGAAGUGACAAGAAAAAAAACUGAAUACCAGAAGUACCUAGAGUUGUACAAAUUAAUGAGAUGUAAAUUUGAGGAGCAUUAUGUUAAAUCUGGUCGCGGCGGCAGAAAACUAGAUGAGGUCAGGGAUAAAUACCAAAAAGCUUGUAGGAAAUUACACUUAACCCAUAACGAAUAUGUCUUAUUGCUGUGUGAAGCCGCGGAAUUUGAAAAGGAUUUCAGGACUGUCUUACUUCCUGGAUUAUUGGAGCAUCAGCAGUCGCAGCAGGAAGCAUUCAUUUCUACGUGGAAACAGAUACUGAAUGAUAUAGCAAGUAACUCGGACCUAACUUCGGAGAAAUUCAAAGAGAUCCAAAAGAGAAUAGAAGUUAGUAUAGAGUUGAUAAAACCCUGUGAUGAAUAUAAAGACUUUACAGAAAAACACAAGACAACUCCUACAGAACCUGUAAAAUUUACAUUUGAUGAGAGCUUGGUGGAGGAUUCUGCUGGAAAACUCUUACCCAACCAGCUCACGGUAGAUAACCUUACGGUGGAGUGGUUGAGGACCAAACUCAACGAUUUAGAAGCUAGCAUUAAGGAGAACCAAGAGAAAAGGACGACGAUUACUAGCAGCCAUGAAGGAGUAGUCAAUGGAAAAACCACCCCAAACAGUGAAGUGAAUAACCGGUUAUCUUCCAGUAGUAUAGAUCUGUCUAAGAAAGAGAUAAACGAGUUGAAAUGUCAAGAAAGAAAAAUGCAGAAACAAACCGACCUCAUUAAAAGUGCUUUAAACGAGUUGGGAUGUGAGGAGGCUCCGGCGGCUUGCGAUCUCUCAAUUGACAAUCAAACUUUCAUCAGCAACUCUCCCGAACAGGGCAAUGGUUCCGAAAGUGCGCUGAGUAAACGCAGCAUUUUCGAGCGUCAGAGGAUAGUUAAUAUGUUACGUAAACCGUUUAGGCGAAAAUCUGCACCCUCUUCCCCCAUUGCUCCGCCGCGCACUAAGGGCAGGAGGGACUCCGCCCCGCGCAGCGAAGGCGGAGAACCUGUCUCAGCCACUGCAAAUAAGUCAUUAGUAGACGAGGAAUGGUUCCAUGGAGUGCUCCCGAGAGAGGAGGUUGUGAGGCUGCUGACGCUAGACGGAGACUUUCUUGUUAGGGAAACUACCAGAAAUGACGAGUGUCAAACGGUUCUCUCCGUUUGCUGGGGAGGACAUAAGCAUUUCAUCGUGCAAACUACAGCAGAGGGUUUGUUUAGGUUCGAGGGUCCGGCAUUUCCAAGUAUAAGGGAGUUAAUUCUGUACCAGUUUAACAGUGGUCUCCCCGUGACGAGUAGGUCUGGUGCCAUUUUAUACAAACCCAUACCUCGAGAACGAUGGGAGCUCAAUAACGACGAUGUCGUCCUUUUAGAUAAAAUUGGAAGGGGUAAUUUCGGGGAUGUGUAUAGAGCGCAGUUGAAGAACAGCAAUGAGAUAGUUGCGGUUAAAACCUGCCGAGUGACGCUGCCUGAGGACCAUAAAAAGAAGUUCUUGCAAGAAGGCAGGAUACUGAAGCAGUACGAUCAUCCUAAUAUUGUUAAAUUAAUCGGGAUUUGCGUCCAGAAACAGCCCAUCAUGAUAGUUAUGGAGCUCGUACCAG